GGGGCUCCCGGCGCGCGCCGCACGGCUCCGGUUCCGCUCGGUUCCGCUCGGUUCGAGCCGGCUCGGCCGGCGACCUCCGGAUCUAUGCGGCUGUGAGCGGCGGGAGCAGAAAGGGAUGAAACGGCUCUUGGCCACGGGGCUCCUGCUGGCCCUGCUGCCCGCCCCGACGCGAGGUGUGCGGUGCACGCAGCUGGCCGAAUCCUGCCUCAACGGGGGCAAGUGUGAAACAUUCCUCAAUGGGACAGAAGUGUGCCAGUGCAGCAGUGCCCACGUGGGCGAGCGAUGCCAGCUGCCCAACCCCUGCCUCAGCUCCCCCUGCAAGAACGCCGGCACCUGCAUCCCCCUGGUGCGUGGCAGCACCGCCGACUACAGCUGCGUCUGCCGCCUGGGCUUCACCGACGAGCUCUGCCUGACACCUCUGGACAACGCCUGUCUCAACAACCCCUGCCGCAACGGGGGCACCUGCGACCUGGUGACACUCAGCGAGUACAAGUGCCGCUGCCCGCCGGGCUGGUCAGGUAAAACCUGCCAGCAGGCCGAUCCCUGCGCCUCCAACCCCUGUGCCAACGGGGGUCAGUGCGUCCCCUUUGAAGUCCACUACAUCUGCAGCUGCACGGCUGGCUUCCACGGGGCCAACUGCAAGCAGGACGUGAACGAAUGCAACAUCUCACCACCUGUCUGCAAGAACGGUGGCAGCUGCACCAACGAGGUGGGCACCUACCAGUGCUCCUGCAAGCCAGCCUACACCGGGCAGAACUGCGAGCAUCUCUAUGUGCCCUGCAACCCCUCACCCUGCCAGAAUGGGGGCACGUGCCGUCAGACUGGGGACACCACCUACGACUGCACCUGUCUGCCAGGGUUCGCCGGGCAGAACUGCGAGGAGAACAUCGACGACUGUCCAGGGAACAACUGCAGAAAUGGAGGCACCUGCGUGGAUGGCGUCAACACCUAUAACUGCCAGUGCCCGCCCGAGUGGACAGGUCAGUACUGCACCGAGGAUGUGGAUGAGUGCCAGCUGAUGCCCAAUGCCUGCCAGAACGGGGGCACCUGUCACAACAACCAUGGUGGCUACAACUGCGUCUGUGUCAAUGGCUGGACGGGCGAGGACUGCAGUGAGAACAUCGAUGACUGCGCCAUGGCCGCCUGCUUCCAGGGGGCCACCUGCCACGACCGGGUGGCCUCCUUCUACUGCGAGUGUCCCCAUGGGCGCACAGGUUUGCUGUGCCACCUGGAUGAUGCUUGCAUCAGCAACCCCUGCAACGAGGGCUCCAACUGUGAUACUAACCCUGUCAAUGGCAAAGCCAUCUGCACGUGUCCUUCGGGGUACAUGGGGCCGGCAUGCAACCAGGAUGUGGAUGAGUGUUCACUGGGAGCCAACCCCUGUGAGCACGCAGGGAAAUGCAUCAACACCCAGGGGUCCUUCCAGUGCCAGUGUCUGCAGGGCUACUCAGGCCCCCGCUGUGAGAUCGAUGUCAAUGAGUGUCUCUCCAACCCCUGCCAGAACGAUGCCACCUGCCUGGACCAGAUUGGGGAGUUCCAGUGCAUCUGCAUGCCUGGAUACGAGGGCGUCUACUGUGAAAUCAACACAGAUGAGUGUGCCAGCAGCCCCUGCCUUCACAAUGGCAACUGCCUGGAUAAGAUCAACGAGUUCCACUGCGAGUGUCCCACCGGGUUCAAUGGGCACCUGUGCCAGUUCGACAUCGAUGAGUGCGCCAGCACCCCCUGCAAGAAUGGGGCCAAGUGCGUGGAUGGCCCCAACACCUACAGCUGCGAGUGCUCCGAAGGUUUCUCGGGUGUACACUGUGAGAUCGACAUUGAUGAGUGCAACCCUGACCCGUGCCACUAUGGGACCUGCAAGGACAGCAUUGCCGCCUUCACCUGCCUCUGCCAGCCCGGCUACACGGGCCACCGCUGCGACAUCAACAUCAAUGAGUGCCAGAGCCAACCCUGCAGAAACGGGGGGACCUGCCAGGACAGGGACAACGCCUACAAUUGCCUGUGCCUCAAGGGGACCACGGGGCCCAACUGUGAGAUCAACCUGGAUGACUGCGCCAGCAACCCCUGUGACUAUGGCAAGUGCAUCGACAAGAUCAACGGCUACGAGUGCACCUGUGAGCCGGGGUACACAGGGCGCAUGUGCAACAUCAACAUCGAUGAAUGUGCCAGCAAUCCGUGCCACAAUGGGGGCACAUGCAAGGAUGGCAUCAAUGGCUUCACCUGCCUCUGCCCCGAGGGCUUCCAUGACCCCAAGUGCCUGUCCGAAGUGAAUGAGUGCAACAGCAACCCCUGCAUCCACGGGAGGUGCCACGAUGGGCUGAACGGUUACCGCUGUGAUUGCGACCCGGGCUGGAGCGGCACAAAUUGUGAUAUCAACAAUAAUGAGUGUGAAUCCAAUCCCUGCAUGAAUGGUGGCACCUGCAAGGACAUGACCAGCGGUUACAUCUGCACCUGCAGGGAAGGGUUCAGCGGACCCAACUGCCAGACCAAUAUCAAUGAAUGUGCUUCCAACCCGUGCCUGAACCAAGGCACGUGCAUUGACGAUGUGGCUGGCUACACCUGCAACUGCCUCCUGCCCUACACAGGAGCCACCUGUGAGGACGUGCUGGCCCCCUGCGCCGGCGGCCCCUGCAAGAACGGCGGCGAGUGCCGGGAGUCGGAGGACUACAAGAGGUUCUCGUGCAGCUGCCCACCCGGCUGGCAAGGCCAGACGUGCGAGAUUGACAUCAAUGAGUGUGUGAAGAGCCCCUGCCGCAAUGGGGCCACGUGCCAGAACACCAACGGGAGCUACCGCUGCCUGUGCCGGCUGGGCUUCGCAGGCCGCAACUGUGACACCGACAUCGAUGACUGCCAGCCCAAUCCGUGCCACAAUGGUGGCUCCUGCUCGGAUGGCGUCGGGACAUUCUUCUGCGAGUGCCUGGCCGGCUUCCGCGGGCUCAAGUGUGAGGAGGACAUCAAUGAGUGUGCCAGCAACCCCUGCAAGAACGGGGCCAACUGCACCGACUGUGUCAACAGCUACACCUGCACCUGCCCCUCCGGCUUCAGCGGCAUCCACUGCGAGAACAACACGCCCGACUGCACUGAGAGCUCCUGCUUCAAUGGGGGGACCUGCGUGGAUGGCAUCAACACCUUCACCUGUCUCUGUCCAUCCGGCUUCACGGGCAGCUACUGUGAGCACAACAUCAACGAGUGUGAUUCCAAGCCCUGCCUGAAUGGUGGCACGUGUCAGGACAGCUACGGGACGUACAAGUGCACCUGUCCUCAGGGAUACACUGGGCUCAACUGCCAGAACUUGGUGCGCUGGUGUGACUCCUCACCCUGCAAAAAUGGGGGCAAGUGCUGGCAGACCAACAACCUGUACCGCUGUGAGUGCAACAGCGGCUGGACGGGGCUCUACUGUGAUGUCCCCAGCGUCUCCUGCGAGGUGGCUGCAAAGCAGCAAGGUAUCGACGUCGCUCAUCUCUGCAGGAACUCAGGGCUCUGUGUGGACAGUGGCAACACUCACUUCUGCCGCUGCCAGGCCGGCUACACGGGCAGCUACUGCGAGGAGCAAGUGGACGAGUGCUCCCCAAACCCCUGCCAGAACGGAGCCACCUGCACGGACUACCUGGGGGGCUAUUCCUGUGAGUGCGUGGCUGGUUAUCAUGGAGUUAACUGCUCGGAGGAGAUCAAUGAGUGCUUGUCCCACCCAUGCCAGAAUGGAGGAACCUGUAUCGAUCUCAUCAAUACCUACAAAUGCUCCUGCCCCAGAGGAACUCAAGGGGUGCACUGUGAGAUCAAUGUGGAUGACUGCAGCCCUUUCUUUGAUCCUGUCACCUUGGGGCCCAAGUGCUUUAACAAUGGCAAGUGCACGGAUCGGGUAGGUGGCUACAGCUGCAUCUGCCCCCCUGGCUUUGUAGGGGAGCGCUGCGAGGGAGACGUCAACGAGUGCCUCUCCAACCCCUGCGACGCGCGCGGCACCCAGAACUGCGUGCAGCGGGUCAAUGACUACAAAUGCGAGUGUCGGCCCGGCUACGCAGGGCGCCGCUGUGACACUGUGGUGGAUGGCUGCAAGGGCAAACCUUGCAGGAAUGGGGGAACGUGCGCUGUGGCCAGCAACACCGGCCGUGGCUUCAUCUGCAAGUGCCCUCCGGGUUUUGUGGGUGCCACCUGCGAGAACGACUCCCACACCUGCGGGACCCUGCACUGCCUGAAUGGUGGCACCUGCAUCUCCAUGCACAAGAGCUCCAAGUGCGUGUGUGCAGCAGCCUUCACGGGCCCGGAGUGCCAAUACCCGGCCAGCAGCCCCUGCAUCUCCAACCCCUGCUACAACGGGGGCACCUGCGAGUUCCUCAGCGAUGCCUCCCCUUACUACCACUGCAACUGCCCCGCCAACUUCAACGGCCUCAACUGCCACAUCCUCGACUUCGAUUUCCCAGGCGGCUUCGGGCAGGACAUCAUCCCACCCAAAAUUGAGGAGAAGUGUGAGAUCGCCGUUUGCGCGAGCUAUGCCGGCAAUAAGAUCUGCGAUGGGAAGUGCAACAACCAUGCCUGCGGCUGGGAUGGCGGUGACUGCUCGCUCAAUUUCAAUGACCCCUGGAAGAACUGCUCGCAGUCGCUGCAGUGCUGGAAGUACUUCAACGAUGGCAAGUGUGACUCGCAGUGCAACAACGCGGGCUGCCUGUAUGAUGGGUUUGACUGCCAGAAGUACGAGGGGCAGUGCAACCCCCUGUACGACCAGUACUGUAAGGACCACUUCUCAGAUGGUCACUGUGACCAGGGCUGCAAUAACUUUGAGUGUGAGUGGGACGGGCUGGACUGUGCAAACAACAUGCCUGAGAAGCUGGCGGACGGCACGCUGGUGGUGGUGGUGCUCAUCACCCCCGAGAACCUGAAGAACAAUUCCUUCAACUUCCUGAGGGAGCUGAGCCGCGUGCUGCACACCAAUGUGGUCUUCAAGAAGAAUGCCAAGGGAGAGUACAUGAUCUUCCCUUACUACGGCAACGAGGAGGAGCUGAAAAAGCACUACAUCAAGAGGUCAACGGAGGACUGGGCAGAUAUGUCCAGUGCUGUCAUCAACAAAGUGAAGAGCAGCUUCUACUCGAGGGCUGGCAGGAGGCAGAAGAGAGAGCUGGAUCAGAUGGACAUCAGAGGGUCCAUCGUCUACUUGGAAAUUGACAACCGGCAGUGCAUCCAGUCGUCCUCCCAGUGCUUCCAGAGUGCAACUGAUGUGGCAGCCUUCCUGGGGGCCUUGGCCUCCCUGGGCAACCUGAACAUUCCCUACAAAAUAGAGGCCGUCAAGAGUGAAACGGCGGAGCCCGCGAGGAACUCCCAGCUGUAUCCUAUGUAUGUGGUGGUGGCUGCACUGGUCUUGCUCGCUUUCAUUGGAGUGGGAGUGCUGGUGUCCCGCAAGCGGCGCAGGGAGCAUGGCCAGCUCUGGUUCCCAGAGGGCUUCAAAGUGACAGAGUCAAGCAAGAAGAAGCGCCGAGAGCCGCUUGGGGAAGAUUCUGUUGGACUGAAACCCCUCAAAAAUGCCUCUGACGGCACGCUGAUGGACGACAACCAAAAUGAGUGGGGUGACGAGGAGACCCUGGACACCAAGAAGUUCAGGUUCGAGGAGCAAGCGAUGCUGCCUGAUACAGAUGACCAGACAGACCACAGGCAGUGGACUCAGCAGCACCUGGAUGCUGCCGACCUCCGCAUCUCCUCCAUGGCCCCAACCCCACCGCAGGGCGAGAUCGAUGCAGACUGCAUGGAUGUCAACGUGCGAGGUCCAGAUGGUUUCACGCCCCUCAUGAUCGCCUCGUGCAGCGGAGGAGGGCUGGAGACUGGUAACAGCGAGGAGGAGGACGAUGCUCCUGCAGUCAUCUCAGAUUUCAUCUACCAGGGCGCCAGUUUGCACAACCAGACCGACCGCACUGGCGAGACCGCGCUGCACCUGGCUGCCCGCUACUCGCGCUCCGACGCUGCCAAACGCCUGCUGGAGGCCAGUGCUGAUGCAAAUAUUCAGGAUAACAUGGGCAGGACCCCUCUGCACGCCGCCGUCUCUGCCGAUGCCCAAGGAGUCUUCCAGAUCCUGAUAAGGAACAGGGCGACUGAUCUCGAUGCCCGAAUGCACGACGGGACGACCCCACUGAUCCUUGCUGCUCGCUUGGCUGUGGAGGGGAUGCUGGAGGACCUCAUCAACUGCCAUGCAGAUGUCAACGCUGUGGAUGAUCUGGGCAAGUCAGCACUGCACUGGGCAGCUGCUGUGAACAAUGUUGAAGCCGCAGUCGUCCUCUUGAAGAACGGUGCCAAUAAGGAUAUGCAGAACAAUAAGGAGGAGACCCCGCUGUUCCUCGCCGCCAGAGAAGGGAGCUACGAAACAGCCAAGGUCCUGUUGGACCACUUUGCGAACCGCGACAUCACGGACCACAUGGACCGGCUGCCGCGGGACAUCGCGCAGGAGCGCAUGCACCACGACAUCGUGCGCCUGCUGGAUGAGUACAACCUGGUGCGGAGCCCUCCGCUGCACAGCGGCCCACUCGGGGCCCCCACGUUGUCCCCCCCGCUCUGCUCCCCCAGCAGUUACAUCGGCAACCUGAAGCCGGCCGUGCAGGGCAAGAAAGCCAGAAAGCCGAGCACCAAGGGCCUGAGCUGCAACGGCAAGGAUUCCAAAGACCUGAAAGCCCGGAGGAAAAAAUCACAAGAUGGAAAAGGCUGUCUGCUCGACAACUCCAGCGUGCUGUCCCCAGUGGACUCCCUGGAGUCACCCCAUGGGUACCUGUCCGACGUCGCCUCCCCUCCGCUGAUGACGUCUCCGUUCCAGCAGUCCCCUUCCAUGCCGCUGAACCACCUGCCGGGCAUGCCCGACGCCCACAUGAGCAUCAACCACCUCAACAUGGCAGGGAAGCAGGAGAUGACCCUGGGCGGCUCUGGCAGGAUGGCCUUCGAGGCGGUGCCGCCGCGCCUCUCGCAUCUCCCCGUCUCCAGCCCCAGCACGGCCAUGAGCAACGCCCCGAUGAGUUUCUCUGUCGGCGGAGCCGCUGGCCUGAGCGGGCAGUGCGACUGGCUGAGCCGGCUGCAGAGCGGCAUGGUGCAGAACCAGUACAGCGCCAUGCGGGGCGGCAUGCAGCCGGGCACGCACCAGCAGGCGCAGAACCUGCAGCACGGCAUGAUGAGCUCCCUGCACAACGGGCUGCCCAGCACCAGCCUGUCGCAGAUGAUGAGCUACCAGGCCAUGCCCAGCACCCGGCUGGCCUCCCAGCCCCACCUGCUGCAGAACCAGCAGAUGCAGCAGAUGCAGCAGCCCGGCAUGCAGCAGCCCAGCAUGCAGCCGCAGCCCGGCAUGCAGCAGCCCCAGCAGCAGCCCCAGCAGCAGCCUCAGCCGCAGCAGCACCACAACCCCGGCUCCAAUGCCAGCAGCCACAUGGGCCAAAAUUUCCUCGGUACUGAGCUGAGCCAGCCCGACAUGCAGCCGGUGAGCAGCAGCGCCAUGGCAGUGCACACCAUCCUGCCCCAAGAUUCGCAGCUGCUUCCCACCUCUCUGCCGUCCUCCCUCGCGCAGCCCAUGACCACCACGCAGUUCCUGACCCCCCCUUCCCAGCACAGCUAUUCCUCCCCGUUGGACAACACCCCCAGCCACCAGCUCCAGGUGCCCGACCACCCCUUCCUCACUCCCUCUCCUGAGUCUCCAGACCAGUGGUCGAGCUCCUCGCCCCACUCCAAUGUGUCCGACUGGUCCGAGGGCAUCUCCAGCCCCCCCACCAGCAUGCAGUCGCAGAUGGGACACAUCCCCGAGGCCUUCAAGUGAGACCCAGUGGGGCUCAGGGACUGCAGCCUGAGAGACGGCUCUUGUUGUUAAACAGGACGCUGGAUGCUUUUAUUAAAGGAUCCUUUUUUUUUUAAAUAUGUUUUUAUACAAAAGUGAAAAAAAAAAAAAAAAAAAAAAAAAAUAAAUUUCCU